CCUUUGACAUGUUUGAUUGCAUUGACAAACUAGCAAAUUUCAAGUCCUCGAUUUAUCUCAUUCUCUUCCUAUAUAACUAUUUACAAUGGGAACCUGUAAAAGACAACAAAAUCUAUGAUACUAUAGACCCUGGACUUGAAGAUGGAGAUGGAGGUAAUGAGCAAAGUGCAAAGACUAUACGAUGCCUGUAACCAUGUAUUUGGACAAGAAGAGUUGCCUACUUUUCUACAAAUUCAGUCGCUCAAAGAUCUCUUAGAUAGUUUUGAAGCGGUGGAUGUGGGUAUUGAUGAAUUCAGCUCGCCUGGAUCUCCAUCUUCAAGCCCAGAAGGGAUCAGAGAGUUGAUUUGUGGGCAAGGAGUACCUGAAAUCACUUAUAUUCACAUCCAUGAAUGUGAUUAUUUCUCUAUAGGGAUAUUUUGCUUUCCGGCUGGAGCGAUAUUUCCCCUGCAUGAUCAUCCCAGAAUGACAGUCUUGAGCAAGCUCCUUUAUGGAUCUGUAUAUGUGAAGGCCUAUGACUGGGUGAAACUGGAAAAAUCUUGCAGCAGGACAAUUGGACUAGCAAGGAAUGUAGAAGAUGGAAUUCGAAAUGCACCAAGCGAACCAUCCAUCUUAUUUCCAGAAAACGGAGGAAACAUUCAUUCUUUCACUGCAUUGACGCCCUGUGCGAUCUUGGAUGUGUUGUCUCCUCCGUAUUCUGAAGAAUUUGGAAGACCUUCCACUUACUUCUCAGAAUUUCCCAUUCCUGCUCUUCCUGGUUAUACACUGCUCGAAGAGAAAGACCUUCCAGGUGACCUAGUUGUUAUAGGAGCACCAUAUCUUGGCCCUCCUCUCUCGUUGUAUAAAUGUACAAACGCAAAAGCUUGUAUAUAUACAUAGCAUGUAUGUUUUGCACA